AAGCAUUUCCAAGAGAAAUAAUUAUUGCUAGAAGCAUCCCUUCCAACAACAGGACAUGUGCAAUUCCUAUUUUGGCACACUUUCGUUUGGCCCUAGCAGAGCCAUCUAUACACAGAGUUUGACCAACUGGUUUCACUUGGUCACAAUAUUAUUUUGUUUUAUGCUUGCCAAAAAAUAAAAGCAGUGACCGACUCGAACCGGGUUGACAAAACUCUCCUAAUCAAUGGCUCUGGACUAUGAGGCGCCCUCUUGUGAGCUAAACCUCGCGUUGUAAUUGUGUGGCUAGCUGUGUAGUCUGCUAAAGUCGAGUUCAGUCGCGGUUUCAAAUUCCAAAUUUGCUUGUGUUGUGCUCCUGCGUUCCUCCAAAAAGAGACACUUUAUACUACUCCAUCUGAACAAAUUGUGCCUGUGACAGAAGAAAAGGAAAACUUUGACAGAUGAGAAAGUGCAGACAAUCGAUUUUACAAUGCUAGUUUAAAGAGAAUUGGAGGGAAAAACAACCGACGCGAUUGUGAGAAACGUGGACACGUAACAAUGACUAGGCGUGAAAAUCUCCCGUGCAGCUGUGUGUGUUCCCAAUGCCAUGGAGGACGUUUCUCAGCACCUCCCAACGAAAGACCAGAUCCAUUUAGGAGGAGGACCGAGGUUGGUCUAAGCCCAGCGAACUGUCGCUUUACGAGAACUCUGUUUACCAAAAUGGCAACCCAUCAGAGAUUACAGGGACUUAAAUUGCAUGUUUUAGUGCUGCUGGCAGUGCUAACUUUUAUAGGACCAACUCCAACACAAGCCUUUGAUCGUCAAAAGAGGCAGAUACCAGGAAUAGGUAAGCAUUUUCACAAGCACAUUGCUAAAAAUAUUAGUGAUUGUGAAGAGUUAUGAUAAAAAAUAAUGAACAUUG